ACAAGUUGUUUUGGCAUCUUUAUCUUUAGCUUCACAAAAUUUAUAUAAUUUGCUUACUCAAAAUAAUUCAGAUUCAGAUGAAUCUUUUGUAACUCAUAUUAGAGGUGUAAACUUUGAUAAAGAGCUUGCAAAUGCUAAAAAGAAAAUUUACACAUUUAGAAUUCAAGGAAUAUUAUAUCAUCAGAUUGGUAGUCUAAUGCCAAGAUAUAAUGAUGAAAAACCUUUAUUUGCUCAAAUUUAUUUUUUUGAUUUAAAUAUGGAUAAUCAACUUCAAAGAAGACAAAAAAUGUUUCCAAAUUUGAAUGCUGACAUGCUCAAAAAGCAAAGGCAAAAAUAG